UUCCAGGCCUACUCGUUCGUGUUGCAUCAUCCGCCAUCUUUGAAUUUGUCGGCUUUCGAAGCGACUUUUUUCUUGAAUUUAAUUAAUAUUGGCGCUUCAAAAUCACGAUGGACGGUAGUUCGAACUUUGGACAGCCCCAUUUAUCCAAACAAGACCUCUCAAAACUUGAUGUAGCACAAUUAAAUCCUCUCACACAAGAAGUCAUAAGUAGGCAAGCUACAAUUAACAUUGGUACUAUUGGUCAUGUGGCCCAUGGCAAGUCAACUGUUGUCAAGGCAUUAUCAGGUGUUCAGACUGUCAGAUUCAAGAAUGAGUUGGAGCGUAACAUCACUAUCAAGCUGGGCUAUGCUAAUGCAAAGAUCUACAAAUGUGACCACCCUGGCUGCCCUAACCCUGGAUGCUACCGAUCAGCGGGAAGUGCUAAGGAAGAUGUAUUCCCUUGUGAGCGCUCUGGCUGUCCUGGCAAGUUCCGUCUGAUGAGACAUGUAUCAUUUGUAGAUUGUCCGGGCCACGACAUUCUUAUGGCCACCAUGCUCAACGGUGCCGCUGUCAUGGACGCUGCUCUCCUCCUGAUCGCUGGUAAUGAGUCUUGUCCCCAACCUCAAACAUCGGAGCACCUGGCAGCCAUUGAGAUUAUGAAGCUAAAACACAUCCUAAUCCUGCAAAACAAGAUUGAUCUUGUUAAGGAAAGCCAAGCAAAAGAUCAGUAUGACCAGAUUCUGAAAUUUGUACAAGGUACCAUUGCCGAAGGUGCCCCUGUGAUUCCCAUCUCAGCCCAGCUCAAGUACAACAUAGAGGUUAUCUGUGAAUACAUCUGCAAGAAAAUACCUGUGCCUGUUAGAGACUUUACCUCACAGCCACGACUCAUAGUUAUCAGAUCAUUUGAUGUAAACAAGCCAGGAUGUGAGGUGGACGACCUAAAGGGGGGUGUGGCAGGUGGUAGCAUCCUUAAGGGUGUAUUAAAGAUUGGACAAGAAAUAGAAGUCAGACCUGGUAUUGUAUCUAAAGACAGCGAGGGUAAACUACAGUGUAGGCCUAUCUACUCUCGCAUCAUCUCUCUGUUUGCCGAGCAGAAUGACCUUCAAUAUGCAGCCCCAGGAGGCCUUAUUGGUGUUGGAACCAGAAUUGACCCCACCCUCUGUAGAGCAGAUCGUAUGGUUGGGCAGGUUCUCGGCGCCGUGGGGGCACUCCCGGAAAUCUACACAGAGCUGGAGAUCAGUUACUUCCUUCUGCGCCGACUGCUUGGCGUCAGGACCGAGGGGGAUAAGAAAGGGGCAAAGGUCAGCAAGUUAACCAAGAACGAAGUGCUCAUGGUAAACAUCGGCUCUCUGUCCACCGGUGGACGAGUUCUCGCCGUCAAAGCUGAUUUGGCGAAGAUCGUGUUGACCCAACCAGUGUGUACGGAGAUCGGCGAGAAAAUCGCGCUGAGCAGAAGAGUCGAGAAGCAUUGGAGGUUGAUUGGCUGGGGCCAGAUCCGCCGAGGAGUGACUAUCAAACCCGAAUCCUAAACACCCAACGGAAACCAAGACCCUACUCGAUACCGUGUGAUAAACCCUCCGCGACGUUUGCCCACGUGAUGUUCUCGUGGCUUACUAAGAUUGCCAAGACAAGUGCAAGAUAGAAUGAACAUUGUAUCGAUAAUGGCUGGUCUUCGUGACCACAAAAGCUCCAUGGACGGAGUAGUGUUGAUAUGCCUUAAAUCUGAGCCACCCUAGGAAUGCCAUACAUAAACACACAUGGAUCACAGAAUGCGGUAUAGGUUACCGUGAUCAGACAACAAUAAGCGUACCAACGCCAAAUACGUCGCACGAGCUAUAAGUGUUUUUGGAUCGAACACUAAAAUUUUGUUUUAUACUAUAUUUUUUUUCAUAUAAGGAAUAAAUUCACUAUGAAAUCAUCUUUUAUGACAUGGCGAAUUUAGAAUUAGUUCCUUAUUUGCGGCGCAAAAAUAUGGCAAAAAUCGCUACGCGCUCGCAACCGACGUAUUUGGCGUUCUAAGUCCAUCCCAGACACUUAUGGCUCACGGCAUGAGCAAGCUAUACCGUAAUAGAAUCAAUAAAAAAUGAUUGGGAUAUUGGUCUCUUUUAUCUUCACCAGUGAGACCUAGUGUCAGUGCAAAUGAUAAAUUAAAAACAAAAAACAAAA